UAUACUUUCAGAUACCUUGACUCUUUAUGAUUUUACUUCACUGGCGAUGAUCCGUGUUUGAAGUUCUCCCAGCCAUGGGCUGUUGUGCACUGACUCCAUCAUUCGAUGAUCAGAGAUAAUGACAAGAAACGCAAACUAUCGGCUGUAUUGGAGAGAGCGCCAUUGAAGCUUAGUCAACUAGUAUAUUAGAAAGAAGGUGAUACGAGGCUUUGAUGGCCACGCAGACUGUUCCGCUCUCCUCGUCUGCUGCGGUGAAUCCUGGUAAAUCGGUUCCCCUCAAUGAGUCCAGCUACAAGUAGGAUAUCGGCGAUGUUGAAUAAGAAUGAGGUUCCGUUUCCCUAUUUUUCGCUCAUUACGUCCGUUUCAUCGUUGGAGUAUGAAAUGGAACCCUGGGGAUUUUUCCUUUAAUUGUGAUGUUCGGACUACUUGAUUUUUGCUCGUGAAGCAUGUUUCAUAGGCUUGUUAGCUGAAUAACCAUUAUCCUAAAAUUUAAAAAAAAAAUAAAACACGUCUUUGAUUCAGAUUUAAUGGAGAAGAAUUCAGUAUAAAAAUUGAAAGAUGUCUUCGUCACCGAGUAAUUCUUCGAACACUACUUCCGAUUCUAUUUCCGGAAUAGAACUUCCGCCUGGAUAUAGUACAGUUCAUCUGAUAGUGACAGUCGUCAUUGUGACGGCGAUAAUUUUACUUAUUGUGGUUGGAAAUUUACUUGUAGUGAUUGCGAUUUACACAGAUAAAAAUUUAAAAUCAAAACAAAAUUGGUUUAUUGCAUCCUUGGCUGUGGCAGAUUUUCUACUUGGUUUGAUAAUUAUGCCGUUCAGUCUUUCGAAUGAAGUGAUGGGAUACUGGUAUUUUGGUUCUGUGUGGUGUGAUUUAUGGAAAGCUAUAGACGUCCUCCUCUGUACCGCUUCCAUUCUAAGCAUCUGCCUUAUUAGUCUGGAUAGAUAUUGGUGCAUCACUAAGGCCUUGACUUAUCCCAGACAACGAACAGCGACGCGCGCAGCUCUUAUGAUUGCCGCCGUGUGGAUAUUGUCCUUAAUCAUUUGUGUACCUCCAUUGAUAGGGUGGAAAAAUCCACUUCCGGUUACAGAUUAUCCAUUGUGUUUACUCAGCAGUGAAGUGGGAUAUAUCAUUAGUUCUUGCAUGGGGUCGUUUUAUAUACCGGGGGUUAUCAUGGUGAUUGUUUAUUACAAGAUUUACCAAGCUGCAAAAGAACGUGCUAGAAAACAAACCCAAAACGGGAAAAAGGCAAAGAAAAAAGUAAAGAAGUCCGAAAAAGAACUAAAUGGUCUCUUGUCUGAAAAUAACCAAGGGGAGGGAGAAGAAACAUUGAAUAUGCCUGUCAAAGUCAAUAGCAUGACUCUAACCGAUGAUGAAAGUACUUGGCCUAUUUAUCAAAAGCAAACUUCUAACCAAGAUGAAUCAGGCCAACAGGCAGAAACCGAGAAUGGAGAUGAUGAUGAUGAUGAGAAUGAUGAUAAUAUAGACGAAGGAAAUGACGAAGAAGAAUCAUCAAGAUCGAACACCACUGCCACAACCCGCGUGACGUCAGAUCCUGGAGAAAUAAAAAGAGAUCAGUCUGACAUUAACGAAACUAUUAAAGAUAUUGAAAGACAAAAACGCAAAAUUGCAAAAGCGCGGGAAAGACGAGCUACCAUUGUUCUUGGAAUUGUCAUGGCGGCUUUUAUCGUCUGUUGGGCUCCUUUUUUUACUCUGUAUGUCAUAAAAGCAUUGUGUCACUGUAUUCCCGAUAUUGUGUUUAACGUUUUCUUUUGGGCUGGUUAUUGUAAUUCUGCCCUGAAUCCAAUAAUCUAUACGGUGUUUAAUCGGGAUUUUAGACAUGCUUUCAAAAGAAUUCUUUGUCGUGAGUCAAAAUAUCGGUAGAGUAAUGGACGUGACAUUGUUGCAGGUUGUUUAAUUAUAAAAUUAAUGCUUUUUGUACUCAUUGGAAGAACUAAUAUUUUUGUUCCUCUUAAAAAUGUUCAUUAAAUCAUAAAAAGUA